AUGGCGUCUGAUCCUGAACAACCUCCACUUUCCUCUUUCUCAAAGGAAGGAAAGCCACCCGCAGGGGUUACAACUGAAAGGGAGCCUCUGCUUAAUGGGUUACAUGCCUCUCAAAACUAUUCCAUCACUGCUGCAAUUCUCCCAUUUCUCUUCCCAGCUUUUGGUGGUCUGCUAUUUGGCUACGACAUUGGUGCCACAUCUAGUGCAACAAUCUCCAUCCAGUCACCAUCACAAAGUGGAAUAACUUGGUAUAACUUAGACUCUGUUCAAGUUGGACUUCUUACUAGUGGAUCAUUAUAUGGUGCCUUAAUAGGCUCUUUGCUGGCCUUCAAUAUUGCUGACUUCCUAGGGAGAAGAAGAGAGCUGAUUGUAGCUGCACUGGUGUAUCUUGUUGGAGCCCUCAUAACAGCACUAGCUCCUAAUUUUCUUGUAUUGGUGGUUGGGAGAUUGGUAUAUGGAAUAGGAAUCGGAUUGGCAAUGCAUGCUGCUCCAAUGUACAUUGCGGAGACAGCUCCAACGCCAAUACGUGGGCUACUAAUCUCUCUGAAAGAAUUCUUUAUAGUGAUUGGGAUGGUUGCAGGGUAUGGAUUAGGUAGCUUGUGGGUAGAAACCGUUGGUGGAUGGCGGUAUAUGUAUGGAAUCAGUAGCCCCAUUGCAGUAAUAAUGGGAUUCGGAAUGUGGUGGCUCCCAGCUUCUCCUAGAUGGCUACUUUUGUGUGCUAUACAGAGAAAAGGGGAUGCUCAGCAUUUGAAAGACACCGCAAUUUGUAGUUUGUGCCAUCUUCAAGGUCGGACAUUUCAUGAUUCUGCGCCUCAGCAAGUAGAUGAGAUAAUGGCAGAGCUUUCAUAUAUAGGUGUAGAAAAUGAGGUUACCUUUGUAGAAAUGUUCCGGGGUAAAUGCAAGAAGGCUCUUGUGAUUAGUGCAGGAUUGGUCUUGUUUCAACAGAUCACAGGGCAACCAAGUGUUCUCUACUACGCCGCAUCAAUCCUUCAGAGUGCAGGGUUCUCCUUAGCAUCUGAUGCUACCCGGGUCGCUAUUCUCCUUGGUGUAUUUAAGUUGAUUAUGACCGGAGUGGCUGUUGUCAUUGUUGAUAAACUUGGAAGGAGACCUUUACUACUUGGAGGAGUUUCCGGAAUAGUGGUCUCCUUAUUCUUACUGGGCUCGUAUUACAUAUUCUUGAAUAAUGCGGCAGUUCUUGCUGUAGCUGGUCUGCUUCUCUAUGUUGGUUGUUAUCAGAUUUCCUUUGGUCCAAUGGGUUGGCUUAUGAUAGCAGAGAUUUUUCCCUUGCGCUUAAGAGGUCGAGGACUUAGUAUAGCAGUUCUUGUCAAUUUUGCGGCAAACGCCUCAGUUACAUUCGCCUUUUCUCCACUGGAGGAUUUACUCGGAGCAGGAUUUUUGUUUUACAUAUUUUGCGCAAUUGCCGUGGCGUCGCUUGUAUUCAUAUACUUCAUUGUACCAGAAACCAAGGGGCUUACACUAGAGGAAAUUGAAGAAAAAUGCCUGUAA